GUGUCGUUAAAUUAAAGUAGCACAUUCGUAUUUCUCAAAACUCGAAUUCUCAAAUUCGGAACAAAAGAAGGGUUUUUGAUUGCUUUUAUUUUGGAUAUUUUUCUUCAAUUCUCUCUCCUCCCGGUAAACAAUCCCUAAUUUCCUCUUUUUCAGUUUUAAAUUCCUCCACUUUCCCCUUCUUUCGAAUCCAAAUCAUAGAAAACCCUAACUCCCGUUUUGCGCUGCAGAAUUAUUGCCAUGGCUAAGAGUUCAUUCAAGAUGGAACACCCUAUUGAAAGGAGACAGGCUGAAGCAUCACGCAUUAGGGAAAAGUAUCCUGAUAGAAUUCCAGUGAUUGUUGAAAGAGCUGAGAAGAGUGAUGUUCCUGAGAUUGACAAGAAAAAAUGCAUUGAAUUCUUGAUAUUCUUUUGCUCUUUGUCAAUUGCACUAAUCUUCUUAGAAUGUCAGUUCGUGUAUGUGGUACGAAAGAGAAUCAAACUCAGUCCUGAGAAGGCCAUCUUCAUUUUUGUCAAGAACGUUUUACCUCCAACAGCGGCUAUGAUGUCUGCAAUAUACGAGGAAAAUAAGGAUGAAGAUGGAUUCCUGUAUAUGACGUACAGCGGGGAGAACACAUUUGGGGUGCUGAUAUGAAAUAUUCACUACCACCAUCAUCCUUGUGAAUAGAACUGCCAUUAAAAAAAAAAAAAAAGUAGUUCACUAGUUGCCUUAGUUGUAAAUUCUGUCAUUUUAACAAUUUCUCGUAAAGUUUAUGAUCUGUUCCACGACACUCUUUAUGAAUGCUAUGACUAGAUUUAACUGGCUUUUAUGCAGU